AACCAUCACAUCCACCUGCUUUCAACCACACCUCGUCGUCGUUCACCGGCCAUCGCUCCAGGAUAUUACCACCUCCAACUUUCAGAACGCCCAUUCCGACGGACCAAUGCUUCAACCUGGAUUCAAAACCAUCAUCUUCCUAUCAAUCAUCCUCGCCCUCGGGUUUCUUCUCGUCAUCCUAAGCUGUGCGCUGUGGGGAGAAUGGCUACCAUUACUAGUCGCAUUGACGUUUUUCACAGCUCCCAUACCGAACAUGAUAGCUUCGAGUUACUGUGGUGGAGCAGACUACGAACUGUCGAUCGAUUACUCGUCGAUCCCUAAAGAAACCGCCGAUUUCUUCACCAGCGUCCUAUUGACUACCGGUGUUGCGCUGCCCCUCGUCCUGGCUCAUUCAAAUCUCAUCAACCAAUCAGCAUGUUACAUGAGCAUGGCAGGCGGCGCUUUAGUCUAUGGGACAAUCGUCACGUAUUCCCACUUCUUUUCACCCAAGGAUGAAUUCUGA